AUGAAAAAAGAUUAACUAAUUAAAUGGAUAUCAAAUGUUAUUAAAACAAAAAUAAUGAAAAGAGAGAAUUAGUGUAUUUAUGAAUUAGAAGCUAAAAUUGGAAAAUUUAAAGGAUAAAAUUUCAAUUCAAAUAAAUAUUUGGAAUCUAUAAAAGGAAUGGAAUAAUUAGAUAAAAGUAAGGCAAAAUAUUAAUUUGAAUCUAAGAUAAACAUAAAUUAAUAUAAUAAUGCUUAUGAUUAUCUUAAAUAAAAAGAAAAUUAAGUCUUAAUUAAAAGAUUAGACUUUUCAUUAAAUAAAUAGCAAAGAAAUUCAUUUUAAAUAAUCAAUGAUUAAAUAUCAGCUAUAUUAAUAGAAAAAUAAAAGAAUUUAUAAGAACAUAUUGAUAUCAUAAAUGAUAAGAUUUAAUUUAGAAUAUCUCUAAAUUAAGAAAAAACUCUUUCAAGAUCUCUUAAAGAUAUAAUUGCAUAAAUGCCAUCAAGAAAACAACAUGCAAAUUUUAUUAGAUUAAAAUAAACAUUAUUUGUAAAAGAGAACAAUUUAGAAUUUGCACUUUCUAAAGUAGCUUCCAUAUUUAAAUAUGAUCCUGAAUUUUAGAAGAUUAUUGAUGAAAUAACUUCAUCAAAAUGUUCAAACAUUUAAAUAAAAUUAGAAUAAAUAUUUAAAGAUCAGAACUUAACAGAUUAUGAAUUUGAAAUAGAAAUAGCUUAGAUUGAGAAUUUUAAUGAUGAAUAAAUAGAGAAUUUAUCAAGAGAGUUGCUUAAUUAAGUGGAUUUCUUCUGGAGUAUAUUUAAUUUCAAAUAAGUUGAAGAUGAAUAAAAGGCAGAAAAGAAAGUCAAACCUAAUGAAAAUGAGUGA